CCGGGAAUAUAACAUGCCAGAUGCGUGUGAGCGGCGGUAUACGUGGCUCGAUCUCAGCUGCUAAAUAGUCCACGAUCCGCAUCCAAUCAUCAACCCCAUCAAAUCCAAGGUGGACACCACAUCGACUUUCUCCCUCUCUUCCGCUCUGCAAAUCCUUGGGACAACGACUCUCAAGUCUCAACCAUGUCGUCGAUCUAACCAUCAAACCCCUAAUUUUGUCUUCCCUUAUUCCACCCCAAUUUCAUUAUUCCCAACCAGUCACACAAGUUUCAGAUAUUCCCGAUAUUUUGGUUUCUUCCCCCUUUUUGUUCUUCUAUAUUUCCUUCUCUUUCAAAAACAUAGAGCUAAAAUAGAAAAGUGGGGUUUCGAGCUGUCGUGGAGCUCAGUUGACUCAUUAUUUCUUGUUCUCCGAAUCGGGGCUGGUUUUCUAUUUCUGGAUGGUUUAAAGUGGACAGUAUUGAAUAGAAAGAAGUCAAUUUUAAAUCAUGGGUAGUAGUGAAGUUGAUAAAUCUUCUAAGGAAGGGAAAGAAGAAAAGGAGCCGAAAACACCUGCUGCACAGGAGCAGAGUUCAGCUGUUUCUGGGGCAGUUGCAUCUGAUUGGACUGGGUUUCAGGCUUAUUCUCCUAUACCUCCUCCACCUGGGUUCUUAGCUUCAAGUCCACAAGCGCACCCCUACAUGUGGGGAGUCCAACAAUUUAUUCCGCCCUAUGGCACUCCACCGCCUCCAUAUGUCAUGUACCCUCAUGGGAGUAUUUAUGCCCAUCCAACUAUGGCUCCGGGAUCUUAUCCGUUCAGUCCCUUUGCUAUGCCUUCUCCAAAUGGCAUUGCCGAAGCCUCUGGUAAUGCUUCAGGCAACAUGGAGGUGGACGGCAAGUCAUCUGAGGCAAAAGGAAAAUUGCCAGUCAAAAGAUCCAAGGGAAGUUUGGGCAGUUUAAAUAUGAUUACUGGGAAAAAUAACGAGCCUGGUAAAACGUCAGGUGCCACUCCAAAUGGUCAAAAUUCUAAAAGUGCUGAAAGUGCAAGUGAAGGUUCAAGUGGAGGAAGUGAUACACAUUCCCAAAAUGGUUCACAAGUAAAAUCUGCUGGUCAGCAAGAUUCAGCAGAACCAUCUCAGAAUGGUAGCACGGGUCACAGUUCCCAAAAUGGAGGACCGAAUAUCUCUCGACCAAUGGUAAAUCAAGCAUUGGUGCCAUAUUCAGCAGUGGGUGCAGUGAGUGGUGUUCCUGGGCCCCCUACUAACUUACAUAUUGGAAUGGAUUAUUGGGGUACUAUCCCCUCAUCUUCUAUUCCUGCAGUGAGGGGUAAGGUAUCUGCUGCACCAGUUGCAGCAGGAAUGGUUACUGCUGGAUCACGAGACAGCAUACAGUCACAGCUAUGGAUUCAGGAUGAAAGAGAGCUGAAAAGACAGAGAAGAAAGCAGUCAAACAGGGAAUCUGCUCGUCGGUCGAGAUUGAGAAAGCAGGCAGAAUGUGAUGAACUGGCUCAGCGUGCUGAAACCUUGAAAAAAGAGAAUGCAACUCUCAAGGCAGAACUGGCUCAUAUAAAGAGUGAAUACGAGCAACUUCUUGCUCAGAGUACCUCUUUAAAGGAGAGACUUGGUGAGCUUCCUGGUCAAGAAGAUCCAAGUUGCAGUCAUGAUGAUCAGCGGCCAAACACUGAUGCUCAAUAAUGCCGGAAAGACC